GGGCUCGCUUAGGCGGCUGCGGGGCUCCGUGAUGGGGCAGCUAUUCGCGAAGCUGCUGAGCGUUUUCGGAAGCCGCGAGCAUAAAGUAAUAAUUAUUGGCAUGGACAAUGCUGGGAAGACCACCAUCCUCUACCAGUUCCUAAUGAACGAGGUCGUGCACACAUCUCCUACGAUCGGCAGCAACGUGGAGGAAAUCGUCCUGCGCAAGACACACUUCCUGAUGUGGGACAUUGGUGGGCAGGAAACCUUGAGGUCUACUUGGCACACCUACUAUUCCAACACAGAGUUUGUCAUUCUGGUGAUCGAUAGCACAGACCGCGAGAGGCUGACAUUGAGUAAAGAGGAGCUGUACAAGAUGCUUGCUCAUGAGGACCUGCGUAAUGCAGCUGUGUUGAUUUUUGCCAACAAGCAGGAUGUCAAAAAUUCCAUGUCUACCUCUGAGAUCUCAAACUUCCUUACCUUGAGCUCUAUCAAAGACCACCCGUGGCAUAUUCAGGGAUGUUGUGCGCUCACAGGAGAGGGCCUCCCAGCUGGUUUAGAAUGGAUGAUUUCUAGAGUUGGAGCCAAGUGACAACAGCCAAAGCUGCUUUUGGGAAAGAAAAAACAAACUUGCCGUGUAUUUAUUUCCAUUUGUGUGUUUUUUUUACAAACACUCAGGACUUACUGGAGCUUGAUUGGCGCUCCCCCCCUUUUUAUUCCCAAAGCCACCAGAACUUGAUUUUAUACAUUUCUUAGAACAUGGACCAUUAUAGAAAGUGAUUAUUAAUUGUGCCUGCGGAUGUGGGGGAUGGGAGCUUCUUCUUGGACCAACUUUGCCUUACGAAAAGGGAACAUUCUUCACGGCACGGCGGAAGGGAGAAAACUUAAAGGCUUUGCUCAAGCACACCUUGUCAAAAUGUUAGCCUUCUCUCUUUUUUUGGGGGGGGGGAGGUUAUGAAAGAGCUAAGCAUCAAAAAAGCAAGGAGUGCCUUCAGCCUUCCUGAAAAAGAAACGUGCUUUGCUUUAUCAUUGUGGGAUUUACACAAACUUUAUGCUUUGACCUUUUUUGCUCUGGGCUCCGACAUACCUGGGCUGUGCUUCCCACACUGAGAAGAUGCGGAAGAGACUUCUGGAGCUGAUUCUUUGUGUUCCCAAAGGGUUGUUCCCAUUUCACUGUGGAUAAAUAGAUGACAGAACGAUCUGGGCACUGAAUUGCUCUUUGGUGCUUCUCAUCCAAUCCGUUUUUGCUAGAGUCCUGACCUCCUUCCUUUUGCAUGCGAGCCUGGCUUGCCGAGAUCGAGAAAGAGCUGUCUCAGCAGCUUCUUCUGUGAGGGGAUUUCUCUUGGCAUGCCAAGGCAAGUCUGGGACAUGAAAUCUGGAGGAAGCUGUGGUGUAUACAUACAGAAAGCAGUUCCCGUAAGAGUGGCAGAAUUUUCGUGUGGGGGGGAAAGGUCAGCCACUACCUUCAUAAGCUAAGCAAGCAAGAAAAACUUGCUAAGUUGGCAAGACAAGCAGCUUAUUUUUAAACCUCUGUGCAAACACCAGGAUAAUUUGGAGGAAUGGGGAACAAUAGUUGACAUGUGACCCGGCCCCCUCACUGCCUGGUCCUGAGAGUCUACAAAACCCCCACUGCAAGCCACAGAGGUUAGGGCCAGACUAGACAUGACUGGUUGUAACCAAUGUUACUCCUACUCAGAGGAGACCCAUUGAAACGAAUGCACACAAUUUGCUUAGGUUCGUCAUUUCAACAGGACUGCUCUGUAGAAUUUGGUUGGCCACAACUCGCUGGCAACUGUAUGCCUUGUAAACAAUGGCUUUCAUUUGCAAUUAAUAUGCAGUUUUUGUGAAUGUGCUUUACACGUGUAGCAGAAUGAGGCAGCACAGCAAACGGGACCAUUUUGGACUGUAGAUGAGAGGCUAUUCAAAAGUGGCAUCCCUCGUGUUUUUAAAAAAAUCAUUUUCCCUGCCCCCAAAGAAAGCUAGCAUAUGAGAGAGAAUAUUCUGUGGCACAGCCCUUUUGCCUGCUAAGCCAGUUUUCCAUUUGUGUAGAAGUUUUACAUCUACGUAUAAUGCAUUCAGAAGUGUGAUUUCAGGAUGCAGUCUCGAAUGGUGCAGUCCAUCCUGGCAACUCAACUGUGUGACCACCACAUGUUGCUGCAUGUGUAGGCCAAGACAUAGGAACUAACAUGUAGUGCCUCGGUUUCUCCAGCGUGGUAAAUGGCAUCCCGCUUUGGAGGCUGUACAAUAUGCUUGAUAAAGGUACAGGAAUGAUGUAGUCUGUAACUGGAAAGUUCUGCUGUGUUUUAACAGAGAAAGAUUUCCCUCUCACAUCUUAAGUGUUCUCCAAUUGUGGGUUUUGUUUUUAAUAUUUCCAGACAUGAUCUGUUUGGAGGUGUUUGUUUUUUAUAUAUAAUUAAAAUGUUUCUUUAUUA